CACACACACACCACAACACAUCCCUCUCCACCGCCAUUCCUUCACCAGGUCACACAACGCUCGCUAUGAUCCCCAAGGUGGCCCUGGUUAUGGUGGUGGUGGUGGGUAUGGGUCUCGCUGCCCCUGAAGACCGCUACGGUGCCCCUGGACCACAACCGGCUUACAACCAGGUUGUGAUCCCCUACAACUUCGAAUACGGCGUCAAGGACGAAUAUGCCGGCACUGACUUCAGCCAAGCCGAGGAAUCUGAUGGGAAAACUGUCACUGGUUCCUAUACUGUUCAACUUCCCGACGGCCGCAAACAGACGGUAACCUACGUUGCUGACGACUACGGUGGCUACCGGGCUGAGGUCAGUUACUACGGUGAAGCCCAGUACCCCUACGAAUACGGUCCCCCCAUCACCUUCAAGCCCCAGUACCAGCCCUCGUACCAACCCCAGCCCUCAUACCAGCCUGAGCCUGUCUACCAAUAGUACCAGAUUUAGCAUAAUCGCCAUGCCAUAAUGUUAAUACAUUUAUAUCGACUUCAGGGGGUAACUUAUAUUUAAGGUUUAUAUUAUUAAAUAAAUAUUCCAUUAUAUAAA